AUGGAACACAGAAGAUUGCGCAAAGGGCCGCUGCCUGGAGGUCACCAGGGCGCGUCUGGAGCUGGCGCUGGACGCGACAGCAUGCAAACCGCCAGCCGAGCGCGAGGUGCUGCACGACCACCCAGCAGUCCCUCGCAUCCAUCAUCGCCACCAGCUUGCUUGGUGUCGGCAGGGUCUUCGCAGGCGCAGCAAUCGGCACUCGCCACUGGUGGAGUGCGCCGCAUGCGAUGGACUAUCAAUAUGAAUACAAACGCAUUACGGGCGUAUUUUAGGGCGAAAAGGGGAGAAGUUGGGGGUUUUGUGUAUCGGGCUAGGAUGCAUCGUCUUUUUACUGAGCUGGAGCCAUCUAUAACCGUCACCGAGCAAAACCUGGCAGACCGAGUUCGGUAUAUCUUACGCUCAAAUAUAUUUCAUGGCGCCGAACUCGAACGGCUACGACGUGAGGCUGUUCCCUCAUCAAAUGAAAAUUCUACGACUGAGGAUGCGGUACCACAAGUUGCAGAACAACGCGCACACGUGGAUGCCGCCGUGAAUAUCCCAGUGGUUGCUGAUUCAAAUGAUGAUGGAAUAUUCACCCAGGAACUAGAAAUAGAGUAA